CUGCUGCAUCGCGCUUGCGAUGUCAACGCGUCUGAACCGCACGAACUUUGCAAGGAACGCGUCGUCAGUCGAACGGUAGCCGCGAAACGCGGCAGUCUACUCACCCCCUUAUUCACCUCGCAAAUAUUUUCGAAUCCGCGCGCGAAAUUCAAAUAAAGAAUGUAUUGGUUGUGGUUCCUGUGUAUCGAAUGAAAAAAAAUAAGAUUAUUUUUUAAUGUAGCAAAGAGGUUAGUUAUGUAUUUGUUUUGACAGUGUUGUGAAUGUGAUUUUUUUGGUAGCGGACUUCUGAAGUUCAGACUGGUUUUGUUUUGAAAGGAGUAUAAGAUACGGCUCCAAGAUGUACGGGCUACUCCUCGAGAACAUGGCGGAGUACAUCCGGCAGACCUACGGGGAGGAACGCUGGGAGGACAUCCGGAGACAGGCGGGGGUGGAGCAGCCAUCCUUCUCCGUCCACCAGGUCUACCCGGAGAACCUCAUUACCAGGCUCGCUAAGAAGGCUCAGGAGGUACUGGGUAUGACAGAACGUGAAUUCAUGGACCAAAUGGGAGUAUAUUUCGUCGGAUUUGUCUCACAAUAUGGAUACGACAGAGUUUUAUCAGUCCUCGGAAGACAUAUGAGAGAUUUCCUCAACGGCCUAGACAAUCUUCAUGAGUAUUUAAAAUUCAGUUAUCCGAGAAUGAGAGCACCCAGCUUUAUAUGCGAAAAUGAGACCAGACAAGGAUUGACGUUGCAUUAUAGGUCAAAACGAAGAGGUUUUGUUUAUUACGCUAUGGGACAAAUUAGAGAGGUAGCCCGCCAUUUUUAUCACAAGGAAAUGCGAAUAGAGUUAUUACGGGAAGAGUUACUAUUCGACACGGUUCAUGUAACUUUUCAACUGACUUUUGACAAUCGGGCGUUCACACUCGCUUCUUUGGCUAUGACCAGAGAAGAAAAACAUUUGCCUAUCAGUGCUUCGGUGUUAUUUGAAAUAUUCCCUUUUUGCAUCGUAUUCGGAUCGGACAUGGUAGUGAGAAGUAUCGGGAACUCCUUGAUGGUAAUAUUGCCGGAUUUAGUAGGAAAGAAAAUAACCAACUGGUUUGAUCUGGUGCGGCCGCUUAUAGCUUUCAAAUUCCAAACUAUCCUGAACCGCACCAACAAUAUCUUCGAGCUGGUGACUGUGGAGGCCGUUAUGCAUGAGAAGGCUCCUGACAAACGUAACGAACUGUUAAGACUAUCUGAUGAAACUGAGGCAGCUACUGAUAAGAACCUUAGGCUUAAAGGUCAAAUGAUCUAUAUGGAUAACUGGCGAAUGAUGAUGUACCUGGGAACUCCUGUGAUGCCUGACCUCGCUGCUCUAGUGUCUACCGGGCUUUAUAUCAACGAUCUGUCUAUGCAUGACUUUAGCAGAGACUUGAUGCUCGCCGGAACACAGCAGUCAGUGGAGCUAAAACUAGCGUUAGACCAAGAACAGCAGAAGAGUAAGAAGUUAGAAGAGUCCAUGAGGAAACUGGACGAAGAAAUGAAGAGGACUGACGAGCUGUUGUACCAGAUGAUACCGAAGCAGGUGGCUGACAGGCUGAGGAAUGGAGAGAACCCUAUAGACACUUGUGAGAUGUUCGACAGCGUCUCGAUCCUGUUCUCGGACGUGGUGACCUUCACGGAGAUCUGUUCCCGCAUCACGCCCAUGGAGGUGGUCUCCAUGCUCAACGCCAUGUACUCCAUAUUCGACACCCUGACUGAGAGGAACAGGGUUUAUAAAGUAGAAACAAUAGGUGACGCCUACAUGGUGGUGUCAGGGGCUCCGGAGAAAGAGGACAAUCAUGCUGAGAAGGUGUGUGACAUGGCGUUGGAUAUGGUGGAUGCUAUCACUGAUUUGAAAGAUCCUAGCACCGGAUCUCAUCUAUCAAUCAGAGUAGGAGUACAUUCAGGGGCAGUGGUAGCUGGUAUAGUAGGCCUGAAGAUGCCUCGAUACUGUCUGUUCGGAGACUCGGUGAACACUGCCUCAAGAAUGGAGUCCACAUCAGAAGCCAUGAGGAUACACAUCUCGCAGACCACGCAGGAACUGCUCUCUCCUUCCUACAUGGUGACGGAGAGGGGAGAGAUACAGGUCAAAGGAAAAGGUGCAAUGAAAACAUACUGGCUGGAAGGUCGCGAGUCUCGACCCUCACUCACGAAGGUCAUAUCACCACAACUCACCUCAGGCACCGAACUAGAAUGGGAGAAAGCUGCUGACGUCAGAGACAGCAUCGCAGAACAUUCAGCGCAACAAAUGAAUAACAAAGAAGCCCAAAAUAACAGUAGAAUCCAAAAUUCAGAAAAUCACCUUCCAAACGCCGUGAAUUCCGGACCUAAUUCUCUAGUGAAUAGUUCUGGGAACUUGAUGGCAGUACAGAACACGGUUGUGAGGAACUCCCAGAUCUCGAAUACUCCUAAAACGACGAUGACGUCACCGGUGGAAGACAGGCGGAUGUAUUCUCCUGUGACCUUCCAAGAUGUAGCUAGGAGGAGUAUAGCUAACUCGCCUAAUAGGACUGAGAGAGAAAGAGAAUCCAGAUCAAACUCAACAAGUGUAGCUGGAAUGUGGACGGACGCUGAAUCUGUGGACCCACAAAGAACUAUUGACAGUCUCAAUUCAUCAAUAUGUUACAGUUCAACGUCACCUUGCAGAGUUGACACUGCGCCACAACCCAAAGACCGGGACAUUGGCAAUUUGACGGAAGGGAUGUCGUUAGAUAGCCCUCGGCUAACGUUCGGAUGCUUCACGCUAAUCCAACAGUGCGUCGCGAGGAUCUCACCUUCGAGAUCAGCUCCUCCUGCAAUCGGUGACUCGUACUCCACGCUCAGAGCUGACACUGCUUCUUCACUCACAGCCAAGCAUAGUGGCGAUGAAAUAGAAACAGACACCGAGUACCAGGACGCCCACAACGAUAUGAAUCAAGUACCUCACAUUUGCACUCAAGAUUUAGCUGAAAAUCAUCCAAAACCAGGCAAAGUUGGGAGGUUUAAGGCGCGAAUAGCUCCUGGGCAUAACAAAAGCUGUUCAUUUAAUAAACAGGUUCCCAGAGAUUUCUCUAAUAAAGAGAAACAGCAGCUCCAACAAGGGAAUGUGCACCCACAUGGACACCACCAUACAAAGAAUGUGAACCACCAUCAAUGCUGUGGGGCGUUCGGAAACCCUCACGUGAGACAUAAAAAUAAUUCAAGUUGUAAUCUUGUUUAAAGUUUAAAUAGUUUUUUAAUUCACCUGUUUUGUCCUCUGACAAGCUAAAGCACAAAUCACUUUUGUGUACAGAUGUUUUUAUUACGAAAAGCGGGUAAGUCUUACUUGUGUGUAUGAAUAUACAUGCACAUUAUCUUUGUAUGCGUAAGCUCGGAAGCGCUUAGUAGUGGCCGACUAGCCGAGUCACACAUAAAGACGUGAGUAUUUACAUUUACGCACACAGGUUUGGCUCACCCGCUUUCGUGAGUUAAAACGUCUAUACCGUGUAUUAUUUUUGUUGUAAUUACUUCUAUUAGUCAUUUAAAGGUUGUAAAGGUUAUUAAUUAUUAUCUCAUAAGUCUUUCAUAAAGCAUAUCUACGUUGUCAGGAGAGGGUGAAACGGGUUACUAGUUAAUAUCAAAAUCGGAAUGGUUUACAAAUAUCAGUAUUUUUAACAGAACAAUUCCUAUUGACUAUCUCGGCCUACGUAUAUGUAUCGUUUUGAAAACCUAUUUACAAAUUCACUCUAGUCCAUAAAACAAGUUUUAUUUUGCAUAAUUGGUAUAUUUAGAUAUAGAAGACAUUAUUGUUGUACUUAAUUGUUUUUGUAAGGAUCAAAAUAUGUAUAAUACAUGCGAAUACUCUUUAUCCACCAUGUUUUGGUUUAAAUAUUAAUCAGAAAAUUAUGUUACGAGCUCAAAAGUUGGUGGAACAUUGUUAGAGUUAAAAAAUAUUAAACUUUUUUAGUAUUUAAUAGAUCUCAGACGAAUACAUCCCAAAAAUAAUUCCAAAGAUUACUAUUAAAAGAAAAGAGAACAAGUUACGAGCUUUACAAGAUGACAAUAGAAACUAAACAUAAAAAAAUAGUUUAAAAAAUUAUAUCAAAAUAUUUGACGCUGUCAAACGGCGGUUUUGAAGUAAGGAGAAAAUAGAUGAUUUACCAUAAACGUAUUGAUUAUAGAAUAUAUUUUCUUGUACACGAAGCAAAGACGAUAUUUUUAUUGUAUCUUUAUUGUAUGUACUUAGAUAGAAUGUUACUUAGUAAAACCUCAAAAGGUAUUUUCGUCUCUUAGAAUUUAAGGGGCGUAGCAGGCUUAUGUACCUUUUAGCACGUUUUUAUAAAUGUGUAGAAAAUUAUCUAGUACCAGUAUUAAUAAUUCUUUUUAGCAAAGCACAAGUAGUUUUUAAUACUUAUUUGUUAAUUGGAUACUUAUCAAAAUUGACGUUAUAACGAAUUAACUAAUAAAAAAUAACGUCAUGGACGUCACCCUUUUUAAUGUUUUUUUUCGUAAUUUUAUAUUUAUAAUGCUUGGGAAAUUCUCAUAGUUUUUACCUAAAAUUGUAUACGAUUUGCUGUUAAAAUUUGUUAAAUAUUUAUGUUACAAUAUAAUUUAAGGUUUCGUUUUAAUUGGUAAGUUACAUUUUACCUACACUAAAUACUCACUUUUUUGUAAAUAUUGUACUUAUCCCCGCUACGCCCUCACUAGGCACAAAUUUAUUUGAUUAAUUAAUGAAUAAAACCUUUAUUUUAGGAUCACACAAGAGCCGCGAUCAAUGUAGAUUUAUUUGAAGUCAUAAAUUCAAUAAAAAGGUCUAUAUCUAUGUAUUACCUACUUAUGACUCUACGGUCCAAUGUUUCCAUUUUGAAUUUCGAAACAACAUUUUGGAUAUUUUUUUUUGUUUAUCAUAUUACAUUCUUUUUUAUUCCAUUCAUUGGAUGUCCCAAAAAAAAUAUUAGAUACUAAUAACGUCCCAAAAAAUGGUUUAGGUUUUUUAGCAGAUAAUUAUUGCCUUAAUUUGAAAACACAUAUGCAAUAAGUGCGUACAUAAGUAGGUAUGUAAUACAUAGAUAUAGUACAUAAUAUUUUCAAAAAAAAACUUUGUUAUUAUAGCUAAAGUUCACUGCGUAGCUGAGUGUUGUGAGUCAAUUAAAAUAUAUUUAUCUAGUCGUUUUGAGAUUAUUUUCAGAUCAUGUUUCUAUUUUUAUUUUUUGACGUUUUUGUUACCUACUUAUUUUUUAUAUUUUUUUGUUUUCAUAUUUUAUGAAGUUGUACAUAUUAUUAAGUACUUAAUAUUAAUUUUAACAAAAUAGGAAUAUAAGAUUAUUUAUUUAUCACGCAAAAAGUAUAUUCACUACGUUUUUAAAGAGCUACAAAAAACCU